CAAAAAUACGAUUUAUUUUAUAAACUUUUGCUCACAGUCAUUAAUGUUAUGGAAUAAUUAAACAGUAUUACUUAUAAUUAAUUAACACCCGCUUCAUUAAAUAGCUUUAAUGUUUGAUCAUCCAUGUGGAGGGAAGGGGGGUCCUUGAAGGUUGUAAUUCCAAAAGCCAGAAGAGGAAUCCAUGAUCUUAAUCCUAUUAUGAGGAACACACCAGAACUUAGUACAUCCAGAAGUCAGGAAACCCGGGAUGAAGUUGAUAAUAUUAUGAGCAAACCAGCGAGAUCUUCCAGUCCUAUAUCAGUCCGAAAGCAAUUGCCGCGAAGGUCAUCAGUUGAUGCUGAACUAUCAGAUAAAAGUGUUGAUACUGAUUCUGAAGAUAUUUUAUCUAAAUCCUCUCCUGCUGAUUUUCAAAUACAUUCCUAUUACAGAGAUGAAAAUUAUCAAUACAUACAUUCUCAUAGGGAUGUUUCACUUAAUACUUCCUGGCAAAACUAUUCAAGGAGUUCAGAAACGAAUAUCCCUGAAAACCAAGAUAAAAUAAACAGUGGGUUAAAUUCCAAAUAUAUAAUACCAAUUGUCAUAGCCUUAUGUGGAAUAUGCUAUAUUGUUUAUGGACAGUACAGUGAUAAGAAUAUUAGCUUCAAAAUUUAUGAUAGAAUCAAUUUUUAUGAUGAUUUAAAAAGCAUGGCCCAGAAGUAUAAAGUUAAACCAGAUUCAAUGUUGCAAGUGCGCACAGGAGUAGAUACAAUAUUUCAAAAGGAGGAUGCUGGCUCAUUUAUUUUCACUUAUGAUAGCAAAUCAUUUGAUUCUGAGCUGUUUUUUAAUUUCAUAGAUAAUAUCUCUUCUGCAUCUUCUAGAUACCUACGGAAUGACACAAAAGAUGUCCAGCAUGUUGUAUUAGACAGCAGUAAAGUAAUUACUAUCAAAUCAGAUGUCGAUCUUAUUUAUGAAUUUCGUGAUAAUUUAGAUAAAACUGGUGUCUUACUAGUGAAAAACAUUGAAAGGGUUCCAGCUAAGCUUGCUAUGGCAUUUCAUUAUUAUUGUGAUGAAUUUAAUCCAUUAGUAAAAAAAAGUGCAAUUUUCUUUACACUGGAUGUCUCGAAAUGCAAAUCACUGUUAGGUAAACCAUCUCUUGAUCAUGAUUAUAUUGAGAGGUGUCUUAAAGAAAUAUGGAGAGAAGUUGACAGGGACAAGAUAGCACCACUUUUAACCAGAGUAGUUGGUGUUAUUGUUGAUGUUACAAACCUAUGAAUAAUACAUUAAAUUUUGCAGGAUUAAAUUAAUCUUUGAACCUGCCACUUAACUUUUAGCAUGCCUGUUUAUAUACAUAUUUUUUUUCAUAGGUUUUAAGGACUUUUGUACUUAAAUGUUAUAAAAUUAAUAAUGUAAUGUACUGUAAUAUAAUAUAAUUACAUACCUUAUAACAGAGAAAUAACAGUUUUUGGAGUAACAGUAAAAUUGUAUGUAAUGGAGGCUUUAAUUUACAGCGGUACUAAUGCUACAUGAAGAAACUAAAUUUAAUAUUCAUGUCUUUGUUAUCUCUUUUUCAAAGUUGCAGUCAGAUCCAUCACAGAAGUUUUACAUAUUUUAACAGAAUUCCAUAUUAAAACAAAUUUUAUCACCUUUUUAUUCUACAUGUGACAAUUUAAUUUCAUAGUAGUAGUAGUGUUACAAAAUCAUUUAUUUGUGAUCUUAGCCUUUUUGUAAUUAUUGUUUAAAAAAGGUAUUCUUUUAUAGUUUAAAAAAAAAUUG